ACGAAAAUGGCGGAAGAUUGGCGUAGUGAAGCUUUCCGACGGAAAGUUAUUGCUCAGAUAGAUGAAGCUGUGAGGAUGGCUGCUACUCCCAUGACUAAAUCCAGCAUGGAGAUGGAAAACCAUGUGUUCCUGAAAGCCAAGACCCGUGAGGAGUACCUGGCACUCGUAGCUAGACUUAUCCUCCAUGUAAAAGGCAUAAAUGCCCAAAAAGAAAAGGAAAAGAAGGGUAUGGGCCCUGGAGGAAUGAUGUAUACUCAACAACAGGGGAUGCCACAAGGGGGCGCCACAGGAAUUCAGCAGCAGCCGAUGCAGGAUCCAAUCAAUGCCCUGCAAAAUCUUGCGAUGCAGGGCACUACAGUUCCUGGCCAGCAAACAGGAAUACUGACUCCCCAGCAACAGGCCCAGAUGCAGCAGCAGCAGCAACAGCAACAACACCGACAACAGUUGAUGCAGCAACACAUGCUACUACAACAGCAACAACAGCAACAACAACAACAACAGCAACAACAACAGCAGCAGCAGCAACAACAACAACAGCGUAACAUGGCCAACAUGCAGCAACAGAGACCUCCAUUGCAGAGACAGGACGCAUUCAUUGUGACAUCUGCUGACAAAGUCCAGAUCCAGCCCGUAGCACAACAGCUGCCAGCCAGCGCCAAUCCUCAGCAACAACAACAACAGUCCCAGUAUCAACAUCAGAACAUGUCUGUAGGACAGCCCCGGCCUGGACCCCCGGGGGUACCCAUGUCCCAGCCCGGGGGCUUCCCUCAAGGGAACAUCGGACAGGCAUCCCAGUCUCAGCAGAUGAUGUCGCAGCCAAGCACCGUCUCAGCAGUACCUUCCCCAAUACAGCAGUCCGGGUCCCAGAUGACCCACUCUCCGAUCUCCAUGAUGACCUCCCCGUCCCCGCAGGGCUAUGUGGUCCCGUCACCCGCCUCCCGGAACUUCAGUGCGCUGUCCCCCAGUAGCACGAGUCUUAACACACCAGCAUCAGGAUCUGGCCAGACUCCAAUAUCACAAGAGGACCAGGCCUAUCUGGACAAGUUGAACCAGCUGUCCAAAUACAUCGAGCCGCUUCGGAGGAUUAACAGACGUAUGAUGAACCGUCAAUCUGCCGAUAAGGAUGAAGACAGAGUGAGGGAAAUCCACAAGAUGAAGAACUUACUCGAAAUCUUGACUGAUCCAUCCAAAAGGUUGCCAUGGAAAACACUUCUCAAAUGUGAACAGGUUUUGCUGAAACUGGAACUAGAAUGGGACAAAACAGGAGAAUUGGCUCCGUCCAACGCAGACACCACCGUCACCAAGGUAUCCACGACGGCCACUCACAUGUGUCAGCCGCUACUGGAUGCUGUGGCGGCACACAUGACAUCACCGAUGCUGAACCACUCCCUACAGCGGACAUUUGGUCCGGCUGUGACUGCUUUACAUGGCAGUCCCAUCAGGGCGCCAAGUCCACCUCCAAAACGUCGCCGUGUGGAGGUACAGGACCAGGAUGAAAUCCCUCACAUUUUACAAGGAGAGAUUGCUCGUCUUGGAAACCGUUUUAAAGUGAACUUUGACCCCACACAACAUGGAGGGUCGAAGGAUAUUCACCUUCUGUGUCGUCUAGAUGACAAGAACCUGCCAAGUAUACCACCGAUAUCUGUCAAAGUUCCAGGGACAUACCCUUACAACAGUCCGGAGUGUGACACCACGAUAGCAGAAUAUGAAUCUAAUGUAUUCCUACAGUCAGUCCAAAACACACUAGAGGUCCUUUUAUUACGGAUGCCUGACAAAUUCACCUUCACAGAACUCUUGGAUAAAUGGGAGAUGAGUGUGCGAAAAGCCUGUGCAGCAUCUGUCUGACCACCCAGAGAUAUUCUGUCCAUCUGUCCAUCGCAAUUCUUGUCAGUUUAGGAAACCUAGUUGACAUUUUGUGAACUCCAGGCAGUCUGGGGCCAGUUUUGCAAAAAACACUUUCAAUAAUUAUUAUUAAAUAUCAUCAUUUCUUAAAAAAUCGUGUCUCUAGAGUUUAAAAAGUACUUGGUGCUACUCAUAAAGUCUUCUAAUGUUCGAUUUUCUAUCUAAACAUUUUAGUUUUCAAGUUGAAUUCCUAAAAUAUAUAGUGUACAUUAACUGUAAAUGGGAAAUUGUACAAUUUAGAAAAAAACUGGUCCUGCAGGGCUGUUCGUGCGGGUGUUGAAAAGAGUACUUUGAUACUAGUCAAAACCAUUUUUAGAUCUGAGACCUUGAUGUCAAUACCAGGUUUUCUAGACCUGAAUAAAGACAAUAUGUCAAUAACUAUUUUUCACAUGUUUGAUGUCAGCACCGGGUAUGUCGCAUCUCAUUUAAAAGAUCUUGAGGGAGACAUUAGGUUAAGAAGUCUAUAAUUAGAUAUUACAGAAAUGUGAUCUUAAUGUACUUAUUUUCAAGAGCUAUAUCUCAUAUCUUAAUGUAGAUAUAAGAUUUUGUAUACCUGGAAAAUCAGUAGGUCAAUAACUGUAUUUUAAUCUUGUCUGUAAAAAGAUUUUUAUUUAUGACACAUUGAAAUAUGAAAAAGAAUAAUAGGUUGUAUACAUGUAUACCUGGGAAAACCAUUGGUCAAUAAUUGUAAUGCAUUAUGUCUGAAAAAAUGUUGAUAUAUAACAAAAUUGAAUUAUAAAAUAUUUGUGUACAAGCCUUUGUUGACUGCAGAUGAGAUGAGACACAGCUAACUAAAACAGGAUGGAAAUACCGCUGAAUUAGUGAACAAUAAUAAAUGACAAUAGAUUAGUACUGUCAGCUGUUACAAGGAACCUGCUGGGCGGUUUCAUCUGUUUCACCUCAAGGACUUUAUGCCAGGUGCACUGGAUCAAAUGUACAGUUAUGUGAUGUUGUAUAACCAGUGGCAUGCAAUGCACAUCAAAUAAACAUAAAAUAAA